GCCCGUACUCAAGAUGGCGGCCGCGGGAGGGCGUGGCUAGUGGUCCCGGGGACGUGAGGAGGAGCGGGAUCAUGGCGGCGGCCAAGGAGCGGGGUCCUGGGGACCAGGAGGAGGAGGAAGAGCAGUUGGUCUUGGUGGAAUUGUCAGGAAUUAUUGAUUCAGACUUUCUCUCAAAAUGUGAGAAUAAAUGCAAGAUUUUGGGAAUUGACACUGAGAGGCCCAUUCUGCAAUUGGACAGCUAUGUCUUUGCUGGAGAAUAUGAAGACACUUUUGGGACCUGUGUUAUAUUUGAAGAAAAUGUCGAACAUGUGGAUGCAGAAGGCAACAAUAAAACAGUGCUAAAAUAUAAAUACCAUACAAUGAAGAAGCUCAGUAUGACGAGAACUCUUCUAACAGAAAAGAAGGAAGGAGAACAAAACAUAGGUGGUGUGGAGUGGCUGCAAAUCAAGGAUAAUGAUUUCUCCAGUAGAACCAACAUGAUGUGUAGCUUUCUACAUGAAAAUGAAGAUGAAGAAGCUGUAGCUCCAGCUCCUGAUAAACCUUUGGAGUUAGAAGAGCAAGAGAUUCAAAUGAAAGAUGAUUCAAACCUGAGUUAUGAACAAGGGAAACCACCACACAUAGAAAUAGAGGAUUCUGGCCCUCUUGUUGAUAUUCCUUCUUCUGAAACAGAAAGUUCUAUUUUUAUGGAAACUCAAGAUGCUGCCUUAGACAUCACUCCUAGAUGAAAUGUUUUCUGUAAUAGUUAGUUAUGAACUUUUAAGAGUUUUUAUGUAGAAUAAUUGUGUAGCUU